UGUGUUUUUUUUCCUUUUUUCUGCAACUUUUUGUAUGAAUUUUUCCCUGACAUGCAAUAAUUUAUUUAAGAUGGUCUUAAAGAGUAAAGACAUAAUGAUAAAAUUUCAUAUUACAGUUCAGUGCCGAACUUCAGGACGGGCUUUGGUGGGAUUUCAUGUGUUUUAAAUCAAAAGUAGUUUAAUAUUCAGGUUUACAUUUGUGUCAUCAUUUCUAGAAGGUACACAAUUUUCAAUUUCAGUGGCUAUGGCAAAUCUGGCUGCAAGUAUCACUCAGGAACCAGAUGUGUUUGGGAAUUUCGAUGGAAUAAGAUUGAUAAAUCGUGGUUGGCUGACGGAACAAGUAGAGAUACAGCUACAGCUACAUGGUGAUUCAAUAAGUAUAUGGAAACCAAAAUACAGGGAGCAGACAUACAGUAUAAAAUGCACAACCAUUGAUCAUAGAUACAAAGAUGCUAUUGAUGAUACAUAUGAACAAGAGAUGUUGGGAGACUCACUACCUCCGUGUACAAACUCGGAAAUUCUUGUCUCUGUUCUUGAAAAGGGCAGAUCAAAACCCAAACCUCAGACGAAGUAUGGAGCUUUUUACAAAGCUGGAAAUUAUUUUGCAUUCCAUAUAGAAACGUAUGAUCCAGAAUCAGUGGGUUACCAGCUGGACUUCUAUGUACAUGAUAGGCCUAAUGAUCCAAGUGAUACUGGUGCCCGGCAUGUAGGAUUCAGCUUUUUGCUACCUCUAGAUCUAAAAAGUGCGAAAGGAGCCAAAAAAAUUCCCAUCACCGGACUGUCUCACAGGCCAAUAGGGCAGAUAGAAUUCAAAUACCUGAUAGUGAAGCCAAUGAUUGGUGCUGGUUUCAACAUGAAACAGACAUUCCAAAGGUACUGGAAAUCUACACGUCAGCCAGUUGAUGUUGGUCAUAGAGGACUUGGUAGCUCAUACAAAUGUAAAAAGUUGGCUAUUGUUGUGGAAAACACAAUUAAGUCUUUACAGGAGGCAGCAAAUCAUGGAGCAGAUUUUGUAGAAUUUGAUGUACAUCUAACAAAAGAUGAAGUGCCUGUGAUUUAUCAUGACUUCAAAAUUCUCAUUACAUACAGAAAGAAAAAGCGAGAUGACCUUGAACUUUUUGAAGUACCUGUUAAAGAUAUUGCAUUAGCUGAGCUUCAGCAGAUGAAGCUUUCCCAUCCUGCAUACCAGAGUGAACAUAAAUAUGAGGGUAUUCAAGAUGACGACGUUGACCCAGAGGAUAUACAGCCGUUCCCUACUUUAGAGCGAUUGUUUGAAGGUGUAGACAUACACACUGGAUUCAAUAUUGAAGUGAAAUAUCCACUUAUGAAAGCAGAUGGCACUGGAAAUAUAAGUGACUACUUCGAUAUGAACAGAUUUGUUGACAUCAUUUUAGCUGUCGUAUAUAGAAAACACAAUGGAAGACGUAUUGUGUUCUCAAGUUUUGACCCAGAUGUUUGCUCAAUGUUGCGUUUGAAGCAAAAUUUGUAUCCAGUCUUGUAUCUGACCCAAGGUGUUUGUCCUAGAUAUCAACCUUAUGAUGAUAUAAGAACAAAGUCGGUAGAGAUAGCCACAGAAUUCGCUCUUAGUGCAGGACUGUUGGGUAUAGAUGUCCUCUCUGAUAUGUUUGUAGAAGACUUGUCCCUGAUUAAAUAUGUGAAAGAUUCAGGGUUGGUACUGUUUGUCUGGGGAGAGGGAUGCAAUGAUAAAGAUACGAUCCAAAAGUUCAAGGAUAACAAAGUUGAUGGGAUUAUUUAUGACAGGAUUGACUUUUACAAAACUGGUGAGAAGGAGAGUAUAUUUAAAAUCGAAGAGAAGAGAAAGCUGGACAUAUUGCAGAGAGUGGGUUCAAUUUCUAGGACAGAAGAUAGUGGUUCAUUUUCUAGGAUGGAAGAUAGAAACACAAACAAUGAAAUGCACGAUUCAGGCACCGAUUCUCAAUGAUUACCCUAGAUUUAGUUGACUUUCUUUUUUUUCUUUUUCUUUUUUUAUGUGAAACAGUGCUUGGUGAUGUUCGUUUUGAUGUGAAAAUUACAUCCAUCGAAAUGUUAAGAUAAUGUUGUCGGAUUAAAAUAUUGAUUAAGUACUUUAGUUAUAUAUGUAAUACCUCAAAGAUUGUUAUACUUGGUCUUUUAUCAAAUAACCAGAAUCAGGACAGGUCUUUUUUAUUUUAUUGAAGGUGGCAGGGCUGCACAAAAAGCUAAUCAAUUCAUUCAGUUUAACUGACUUCAAAAAUUUAUGCUUCGCGGAAACUAGCUCAUUUACCAUCGGCCUAAAAUUAGUUUAAACCAUGUUGUUCAAUAUCAUUUUUAGCUGUACUAACGGACUUAUUAUUGUUACGGUUUUAGUUUCAUUAUCAUCUUCUUGUUUAUGUUACUUUUUUAUAAAAAGUUAAACACGUCAUUAGGCGAAAAAAAAAAAUUGUUUGUUUCCGGUAUCCCGACCGACCCUAAAUGUUUUUAUGGCCUUGAAGAAUAUUUUUUUCAACUUUUUAACAAAAAGAUGCAAAACUGUACUUUUUAUGCUUUAAACAUGGCCAGUGAUGUUAGAAAUCAACUUAUUGAUGCUCUAAAGGCAUAACCCCCUUAUUUGUAUUCAUUUUUUGACAAAAAAAAUAAUUUCUGAAAAGUCUCCCUUAAUAAAAAAAAAUUCCCAAAAAAAAAUAUUUUCCGACCUACCUACCCUAAUUUUUUUGAGCAUGUUACCGGAAACAAAGAUUUUUUUUUUUUAGGCCUUAUCAAAAAUAUUGCCAGGGACACUUUGAAUAUUGUAUACCUUACAGAUUGAUUAUGCAUUAUUACUUCUAAAUGCAAUGUGUAAGCAAAUAAAUUGCAUGAACAUUACCUUUAUUUUGAACAUUGUACAUGUUGUAUGAAUAUUGUAGGUUCAAAUAUAUAUUCUAAUAUGCUUUUCUCUGUUAAAACACUCUGACGCUGGAAUGAUGUCACGUUAACGUGUGGUGACCUCAAUGUUUUUUGUUGCAGCCAAGAAAGUGCGCUACUAUAUUUCAUCUACUGUUUUAGAUAAAGGGCAUAUUAGAAUCAAAAUAAUUUAAAGCAGAAGAGUGUUUUAACACUAUUUAUACACUCGUGCAUUAAUACGUCAUACAAAUAAUUUCAAACACUCUUUUGCUAUAAAUUAUUUCUUAAGGAAGUGGAGUUGUCUGUAUUUAUGUAUGAAUGUUAAAGGCUUUAGUUCUUCUAUAGAAUGAUUGUUGAUUCACUCUUACAAAGAUUUUUGAUCAACUGAUGGAUUUGUUAGGUAUUAACAUAUUUUUCAAAUGAAUGAGUCAUUUAAUGUAAAAGUGUUAUUUCUGCAGAGACAUUUGCGCUUCUGAGUUUCAUCUCUUUACUUCUGUAGCUUUAACAAAUCCUGGUUUUAUGUCUUUUAUUGCAUAUUAGUUACAACCAUGUCUCACCAGGUUAUUAUACCAUAACCUAGUGACCCUGUUCUAGGAGAGUUGUUCAAGCAGGCUGUCUUAAAUUUCCCUCAUCAUUUAAGGAGAGAUUUGCCCAUGAUGAAAAUAUACAUGGUGGGACACAUUGGGUCUUCCUCCACCAUUAAAAGUAGGAAGGUCGCCAUAUGAUCUGUAAUUGUGUCGGAGAAAAUUUCCCUUUUAUCAUUACCUAGUGACCAUCUCUUGAUGAGAUUUGUCUGUGUUGAAUGUCUUUGAUUAUGCCCUAGAUCCUAACCUAGUGACCUGUACGAGUAGAUUUAUCAAUACCUGGUGACCCCCAAAAGUGACCAUUUACGAGGAGAUUUGUCCAAGAUGGCCUUCAAAACAUUAACUACUGACCCUGUACAAGUAGAUUUGGCUAAAUAGAUCAUAGUCUUUAAUUUCCUUAUCAUAGCCUAGUGACCUUCUAUGAAGAGAUUUGUCCAAGCUGAUCUGCAUGGAUUUCCCCUGUAGCAUUGCCUAGUGAUCAUGUUUUGAGGAGUUCCAAGCUGAUAUCAUUUUAGAUUGCACUCCAGUUAAUACCUAGUGACUCUCUUAAGAGGAGACUUGUGCAAGUUGAUGGUCUUUGAUUCCCUCCUAUGAUUACAUAGUGACACUCUAUAAAGAUUUGUACAAAUUAAUUGUCCUAGCUUUCCCUCUUAUGGUGAGGAGUCUUGUCCAAGUUGACUGUCUUUGAAUUCCAUAACUUAUUGACAUUUUAGGAGAUUUGUCUGAACUGGUCCUCCUGGAUUUCCCUCGUAUCAUUAACAAGUGACCCCCUACGUGGUUUGUCUGAGCUUUGGAGUUGCAGCUAGGAUCAGUGCAUUACAUCUGUUUGAUCUAUGCUAGUUAUUUUAAUUUUCGAAAUCUUGACUCUCCAGUAUAUGUGAAAUUUGUUUAUCUAGUACCACCGUUUAUGUGUAGACCGAGUUAGCUUUUACACGUUAUUUUAACAAAACCUUUAGUGUUAAAAAACAAAAUCAAAUUAAGACUUACCAAGCAAACCACUACCAGAUUUCAUUUUUAUACGCCCGUUUUGAAAAACGGGACGUAUUAUGGGAACGCCCCUGGCGGACGGGUUGGCGGGCGGGCGGGCGGUUGGCGUCCACAGACCUUGUCCGGAGCAUAUCUUCUACAUGCAUGAAGGGAUUUUGAUGAAACUUGGCACAGUUGUUCACCAUCAUGUGACAGAGUAUCAUGCACAAGAACCAGGUCCCUAGGUCUAAGGUCAAGGUCACACUUAGAGGUCAAAGGUCAAAUUCAAGAAUGACUUUGUCCAGAGCAUAUCUUCUUCAUGCAUAGAGGGAUUUUGAUGAAAGUUGGCACAAUUGUUCAUCAUCAUGAGAAGGAGUGUCAUGCGCAAGAACCAGGUCCCUAGGUCUAAGGUCAAGGUCACACUUAGAGGUCAAAGGAUACAAGAAUGAAAACUUUGUCCGGAGCAUUUCUUCUUCAUGCAUAGAGGGAUUUUGAUAUAACUUGGCACAAAUGUUCACCACCAUGAGGCGGAGUGUCAUGCGCAAGAACCAGGUCUCUAGGUCUAAGGUCAAGGUCACACUUAGAGGUCAAAGGAUAUAAGAAUGAAAACCUUGUCCGGAGCAUUUCUUCUUCAUGCAUAGAGGGAUUUUGAUAUAACUUGGCACAAAUGUUCACCACCACGAGACGUAGUGUCAUGCGCAAGAACCAGGUCCCUAGGUCUAAGGUCAAGGUCACACUUAGAGGCCAAAGGUCAGAUACAAGAAUGACUUUGUCCGAAGCAUUUCUUCUUCAUGCAUGGAGGGAUUUUGAUGUAACUUGACACAAUUAUACAUCAUCAUGAAACGAAGUGUCAUGUGCAGUUUGCUUCUUUAGAAUUACUUCCCUUUGUUGUUACUAUAAAUAGCUUAUAUUGUAAGUUUUUCAUUACUAGUCGUAGGGAAAAAUCGAGACCACUUUUCUGUAGUACAACAUGCAUGCUACAUCCAAUUUUGAGGUGUAUUUUGACCAGUCUCUACCUGGUAAAGAUUUUUGUGAGGACUUACAUUUUUUUUUUUUGAUUUUUUUUUUUUUUUUUUUUUUUUUCAAGAUUAACUUCCCUUAGUUGUUACUAUAAAUAACUUAUAUUGUAACUUUUUUAUAAUUGAGCGUAGGGAAAAACCAAGACCACUUUUCUGUGGUACAACAUAGAUGUUACUUUCCAAUUUUAGGUGUAUUUUAAGGUAUCUCUACCUGGUAAGGAGUUUUUUUGUGGACUAAGAAAAACAAAACACUUAGUUAUUACAAAAAUUACCACAAAAUUAAAAUUCCAUUUGCAAAUACAGGUGCUAGAGUAAAGAAAUUUGCUGUGACGGGCGUAUAUUGUGACAUUCUUGCACUCUUGUUUAAAAAAAGAUUUGUUAUAUUUAUUAAAGAUAAGAUUGUUAUACAAUAGAAGCUAUAUUUUGUUGCUUGUUUAAGCAUCAGUCCAAAUGUAUUUAUUUUAUUUAACAUUUUAUCCAUUGUAAAUGUGAAUAGUGUCUUUUUUUAGCUCACAUGUCACAAAGUGACAAGGUGAGCUAUUGUGACCGCUUGAUGUCUGUCAUGCGUCAUCUGUUGUCCGUCAACAAUUUGUAAAAAAUCUUCUUAUUGAAAACCACUGGGCAGAAUAACACCAAACUUCACAGGAAUGAUCCUUGGGUGGCCCCCUUUCAAAAUUGUUCAAAGAAUUGAAUUCCAUGCAGAACUCUGGUUGCCAUGGCAACCAAAAGGAAAAACUUUAAAAAUCUUCUUCUCAAAAACCAGAACCAAGUUUGUUCAAAUCAUGACCCCGUGGUCAAAAUUGACCCCGCCCCAGGGGUCACUUGAUUUUACAUAAGAAAAUCUUAAAAAAUCUUCUUCUCAAAAACCAGAAGCCCUAGAGCUUAGAUAUUUGACAUGUAGCAUUGCCUAGUGGACCUCUACUAAAAUUGUUCAAAUCAUGACCCCGGAGUCAAAAUUGACUCCGCCCCAGGAGUCACUUGAUUUUACAUAGGAAAAUCUUCAAAAAAUUUCUAAAAAUAAACCAGAAGGCCUAGAGCUUAGAUAUUUCACAUGUAGCAUUGCCUAGUGGACCUCUACAAAAUUUGUUCAAAUCAUGACCCCCGGGGUCAAAAUUGACCCCGCCCCAGGGGUCACUUGAUUUUACAUAGGAAAAUCUUAAAAAAUCUUCUCAAAAACCAGAAGCCCUAGAGCUUAGAUAUUUGACAUGUAGCAUUGCCUAGUGGACCUCUAAUAAAGUUGUUCAAAUUAUGACCCGGGGGUUAAAAUUGACCCUGCCCUAGGGGUCACUUGAUUCUACAUAGGAAAAUCUUCAAAAAAUUUCUAAAAAUAAACCAGAAGGCCUAGAGCUUAGAUAUUUGACAUGUAGCAUUACCUAGUGGAACUCUACAAAAUUUGUUCAUAUAAUGACCCCAUGGGUCAAAAUUGACCCCGCCCCUGGGGUCACUUGAUUUUACAUAGGAAAAUCUUCAAAAAUUUUCUAAAAAUAAACCAGAAGGCCUAGAGCCUAGAUAUUUCACUUGUAACAUUGCCUAGUGGACCUCUACUAAAAUUGUUCAAAUCAUGACCCCAGGGUCAAAAUUGACCUCGCCCCAGGGGUCACUUGAUUUUACAUAGGAAAAUCUUCAAAAAAUUUCUAAAAAUAAACCAGAAGGCCUAGAGCUUAGAUAUUUCACAUGUAGCAUUGCCUAGUGGACCUCUACAAAAUUUGUUCAAAUCAUGACCCCCAGGGUCAAAAUUGACCCCGCCCCAGGGGUCACUUGAUUUUACAUAGGAAAAUCUUAAAAAAUCUUCUCAAAAACCAGAAGCCCUAGAGCUUAGAUAUUUGACAUGUAGCAUUGCCUGGUGGACCUCUAAUAAAGUUGUUCAAAUUAUGACCUGGGGGUUAAAAUUGACCCUGCCCUAGGGGUCACUUGAUUUUACAUAGGAAAAUCUUCAAAAAAUUUCUAAAAAUAAACCAGAAGGCCUAGAGCUUAGAUAUUUGACAUGUAGCAUUACCUAGUGGACCUCUACAAAAUUUGUUCAUAUAAUGACCCCAUGGGUCAAAAUUGACCCCGCCCCUGGGGUCACUUGAUUUUACAUAGGAAAAUCUUCAAAAAUUUUCUAAAAAUAAACCAGAAGGCCUAGAGCCUAGAUAUUUCACUUGUAACAUUGCCUAGUGGACCUCUACUAAAAUUGUUCAAAUCAUGACCCCAGGGUCAAAAUUGACCCCGCCCCAGGGGUCACUUGAUUUUACAUAGGAAAAUCUUCAAAAAAAUUCUAAAAAUAAACCAGAAGGCCUAGAGCUUAGAUAUUUCACAUGUAGCAUUGCCUAGUGGACCUCUACAAAAUUUGUUCAAAUCAUGACCCCCAGGGUCAAAAUUGACCCCGCCCCAGGGGUCACUUGAUUUUACAUAGGAAAAUAUUAAAAAAUCUUCUUCUCAAAAACCAGAAGCCCUAGAGCUUAGAUAUUUGACAUGUAGCAUUGCCUAGUGGACCUCUAAUAAAGUUGUUCAAAUUAUGACCUGGGGGUCAAAAUUGACCCUGCCCUAGGGGUCACUUGAUUUUACAUAGGAAAAUCUUCAAAAAUUUUCUUAGAAUAAACCAGAAGGCCUAGAGCUUAGAUAUUUGACAUGUAGCAUUGCGUAGUGGACCUCUACAAAAUUUAUUCAAAUCAUGACCCCCGAGGUCAAGAUUGACCCUGCCCCUGGGGUCACUUGAUUUUACAUAGGAAAAUCUUAAAAAAUCUUCUCAAAAACCAGAAGCCCUAGAGCUUAGAUAUUUGACAUGUAGCAUUGCCUAGUGGACCUCUAAUAAAGUUGUUCAAAUUAUGACCCGGGGGUUAAAAUUGACCCUGCCCUAGGGGUCACUUGAUUCUACAUAGGAAAAUCUUCAAAAAAUUUCUAAAAAUAAACCAGAAGGCCUAGAGCUUAGAUAUUUGACAUGUAGCAUUACCUAGUGGAACUCUACAAAAUUUGUUCAUAUAAUGACCCCAUGGGUCAAAAUUGACCCCGCCCCUGGGGUCACUUGAUUUUACAUAGGAAAAUCUUCAAAAAUUUUCUAAAAAUAAACCAGAAGGCCUAGAGCCUAGAUAUUUCACUUGUAACAUUGCCUAGUGGACCUCUACUAAAAUUGUUCAAAUCAUGACCCCAGGGACAAAAUUGACCUCGCCCCAGGGGUCACUUGAUUUUACAUAGGAAAAUCUUCAAAAAAUUUCUAAAAAUAAACCAGAAGGCCUAGAGCUUAGAUAUUUCACAUGUAGCAUUGCCUAGUGGACCUCUACAAAAUUUGUUCAAAUCAUGACCCCCAGGGUCAAAAUUGACUCCGCCCCAGGGGUCACUUGAUUUUACAUAGGAAAAUCUUAAAAAAUCUUCUCAAAAACCAGAAGCCCUAGAGCUUAGAUAUUUGACAUGUAGCAUUGCCUGGUGGACCUCUAAUAAAGUUGUUCAAAUUAUGACCUGGGGGUUAAAAUUGACCCUGCCCUAGGGGUCACUUGAUUUUACAUAGGAAAAUCUUCAAAAAAUUUCUAAAAAUAAACCAGAAGGCCUAGAGCUUAGAUAUUUGACAUGUAGCAUUACCUAGUGGAACUCUACAAAAUUUGUUCAUAUAAUGACCCAAUGGGUCAAAAUUGACCCCGCCCCUGGGUCACUUGAUUUUACAUAGGAAAAUCUUCAAAAAUUUUCUAAAAAUAAACCAGAAGGCCUAGAGCCUAGAUAUUUCACUUGUAACAUUGCCUAGUGGACCUCUACUAAAAUUGUUCAAAUCAUGACCCCAGGGUCAAAAUUGACCCCGCCCCAGGGGUCACUUGAUUUUACAUAGGAAAAUCUUCAAAAAAAUUCUAAAAAUAAACCAGAAGGCCUAGAGCUUAGAUAUUUCACAUGUAGCAUUGCCUAGUGGACCUCUACAAAAUUUGUUCAAAUCAUGACCCCCAGGGUCAAAAUUGACCCCGCCCCAGGGGUCACUUGAUUUUACAUAGGAAAAUAUUAAAAAAUCUUCUUCUCAAAAACCAGAAGCCCUAGAGCUUAGAUAUUUGACAUGUAGCAUUGCCUAGUGGACCUCUAAUAAAGUUGUUCAAAUUAUGACCUGGGGGUCAAAAUUGACCCUGCCCUAGGGGUCACUUGAUUUUACAUAGGAAAAUCUUCAAAAAUUUUCUUAGAAUAAACCAGAAGGCCUAGAGUUUAGAUAUUUGACAUGUAGCAUUGCGUAGUGGACCUCUACAAAAUUUAUUCAAGUCAUGACCCCCGAGGUCAAGAUUGACCCUGCCCCUGGGGUCACUUGAUUUUACAUAGGAAAAUCUUCAAAAAAUUUCUAAAAAUAAAUCAGAAGGCCUAGAUCUUAGAUAUUUGACAUAUAGCGUUGCCUAUUAGACUUCUACAAAAUUUAUUCAAAUCAUGACCCCUGGGAUCAUAUUGACCCUGCCCCAUGGGGUUACUUGAUUGUAGAUAGAAAAAUCUUCAAAAUUUCCUAAAAAUAAACCAGAAGGCCUAGAUCUUUGAUAUUUGACAUGUAGCAUUGCCUAGUGGACCUCUACAAAAUUUGUUCAAAUCUUGUUAAAAUGUGUAUGCCUAUGUGCUCUAUGUCAAAACUUGAUCAUAUCAUUUUGAGCAAUGGUACUCAUGUGAGCGAUACAGUGCCAUCAUGGCCCUCUUGUUCAUUUUUAUUAUGUUCACCUGCUAACAGGGUACUUAUAUAUAUAUAUGUUUAUAGGGAAUUUGAUCAUAAUAUAACCAGUCGGCUUUGUGGGUUAAAAUCCUUGCACAAGGAUGUAGUAUUCUUUUAUGUAAGGAAGCCACACAGCAUGUUGUAGAUGGUUCUAUCCAGUUGCCUUAAAUAAUGCUUGGAGGUGAAGUUUUUUCCCUCCUGUUAAAAGCUGGACUUGUAUAUUUGUGUCACCCCAAAACAACAAAAAUCAUAACAUUAGUUUUAACUUGACCUUUUGUAAAUGACUUUGUCUGCUUUCUUUCUCUUACCCAUUAAGAAAAUCUUCUUCUUACAGGUGCUAAUUUUUUGUGCCGGUCAUUCAGUGUCUCAAAAGUGUGGUCAUUUUGCUGUUAUAAUUUCUUACUUGUAAUAGUAUGUGUGAAAAUAUUCCAUCUUUAUAAUUGAGCCGUGCCAUGAGAAAACCAACAUAGUGGCUUUGCGACCAGCAUGGAUCCAGACCAGCCUGUGCAUCCAUGCAGUCUGGUUAGGAUCCAUGCUGUUCGCUAACAGUUUCUCUAAUUAUGUCUUCCCCAGGAGACAUAUUGUUUUUGCCCUGUCCGUCCGUCCGUCCUUCUGUCCGUCCGUCCCUCCGUCCGUCCGUACGUCACACUUCAUUUCCGAGCAAUAACUGGAGAACCAUUUGACCUAGAACUUUCAAACUUCAUAGGGUUGUAGGGCUGCUGGAGUAGACGACCCCUAUUGUUUUUGGGGUCUCUCCGUCAAAGGUCAAGGUCACAGGGGCCUGAACAUUGAAAACCAUUUCCGAUCAAUAACUAGAAAACCACUUGACCCAGAAUGUUGAAACUUCAUAGGAUGAUUGGCCAUGAAGAGUAGAUGACCCCUAUUGAUUUUGGGGUCACUCCGUCAAAGGUCAAGGUCACGGGGGCCUGAACAUUGAAAACCAUUUCCGAUCAAUAACUAGAGAACCACUUCACCCAGAAUGUUGAGACUUCAUAGGAUGAUUUGUCAUGAAGAGUAGAUGACCCCUAUUGAUUUUGGGGUCACUCCGUCAAAGGUCAAGGUCACAGGGGCCUGAACAUUGAAAACCAUUUCCGAUCAAUAGAUAGAGAACCACUUGACCCAGAAUGUUGAAACUUCAUAGGAUGAUUGAUCAUAAAGAGUAGAUGACCCCUAUUGAUUUUGGAGUCACUCCAUCAAAGGUCAAGGUCACAGGGGCCUGAACAUGGAAAACCAUUUCCGAUCAAUAACUAGAGAACCACUUGACCCAGAAUGUUGAAACUUGAUAGGAUGAUUGUACAUGCAAAGUAGAUGACCCCUAUCGAUUUUGGGGUCACUCCGUUAAAGGUCAAGGUCACAGGGGCCUGACCAUUGAAAACCAUUUCCGGUCAGUAACUUGAGAACCACUUGACCCAGAUUGUUGAAACUUAAUAGGAUGAUUGGUCAUGCAGAGUAGAUGACCCCUAACGAUUUUGGGGUCACUCUGUGAAAGGUCAAGGUCACAGGGGCCUGAACAUGGAAAACCAUUUCCGGUCAGUAACUUGAGAACCACUUGACCCAGAAUGAUGAAACUUCAUAGGAUGAUUGGUCAUGCAGAGUAGAUGACCCCUAACAAUUUUAGGGUCACUCUGUUAAAGGUCAAGGCCACAGGGGCCUGAACAUGGAACACCAUUUCCAAUCAAUAACUUGAAAACCUCUCGACCCAGAAUGUUGAAACUUCAUAGGAUGAUUGUUCAUGCAGAGUAAAUGACCCCUAUUGUUUUUGGGGUCACUCCGUUAAAGGUCAAGGUCACAGGGGCCUGAACAUUGAUAACCAGUUCGAUCAAUAACUUGAGAACCACUUGACCCAGAAUGUUGAAACUUCAUAGGAUGAUUGAACAUGCAGAGUAGAUGACCUCUAUUGAUUUUUGGGUCAGUCUAUUAAAGGUCUAGGUCACAGUGGCCUGUUCAUGUAAAAUCAUUUUUUGGAAAUAACUUGAGAACGACUUGACCUACAAUGUUGAAACUUAAUAGGAUGAUUGGACAUGCAGAGUAGAUGACCCCUUUUUAUUUUGAGGUCACUUGAUCAAAGGUCAAGGUCACAGGAGCCUGAACGGUGACUUGAGAACCACUAGGCCAAGAGUGUUGAAAUUUAGCGGGAUGACUGGACAUGCCAAGUAGAUAAUCCCUAUUGCAGCCAACUAUCAGUGUCUCUUUGACUUUCGCUCCUGACUUCUAUUGACUUCUUGCCUAUAGGACUUUGCAUUGGGGGAGACAUGCGCUUUUUUACAAAAGCAUUUUCUAGUUGCAAUAGGCUUUGAAAGCGAACAGCAUGGAUCCUGACCAGACUGCGCGGAUGCGCAGGCUGGUCUGGAUCCAUGCUGGUCGCAAAGCCACUAUGUUGGUUUUCUCAUGGCGCGGCUCAUAUGGUUAAAAUAGUGUAGUAACUCAAAGGAUAAUUUAGAAAGAAGAAUCUCAAACUUUGAUAGAUCUAUACUGCUUAGGCAAUUUAGAUAAAGUUGUAUGCUUACAAAGUUGAUUUGAUAAUUCUAUAUAUACUUAUAAGUGUAGUUACACAGAAACCUGUUGGUAGAAUGAUCACUUUUAAAAUCAAAAUGUAGAUUGAUAAAGUCAUAGUCUGAAAAAGUAUCUUGGUAGAUGAUUAGCUGAGAAUACACACAAAGAAAAGAAGAAUAGAUCUUAAGUCUGAAAAUCAAAUAAAACCAACUUUUUUCAUGAGUUUUAACAGUGUUAUUUAGCUAUGGUAUAUGUCAUACUCCUAAAGAACCAACUUAUAUAAUAUUGAUAAAUGAUCCUUGGCUGUUUUAUUUGUUCUGUAGAUUAUGAUAUUUUAGAGUAGGUGAGUAGAUUUGCACAUAUGAUGUUUUGAUUAAUAUUUUUAUGCACGAAAAUUUUAUGUACAUAAAAGAAUAGUUACUACUCCAUUAACGGAGUAGUUGGUAUAACUAUUAUACAUGUGUAUUAAACAUUAUGUUGUUAGGCUUAUACAUAUUUGUACUUAAAUGUUAUGUUGACUUAUGUCCAUACAUGUAUGUUUGAAAAGUUUUGUGUUCAUUUGUACACAAAGUAAAAGCCAACACCUGCACAA